AUGCUUCUCGGUCUGUCCGAAGCGCUUCCGAGCCUUGUUGAGGCCAAGUUUAAGGCGGCAAAGGCCAGCUCAAGCCUCCUGUUUUCGCCGACUGAGCUGGCAAUCAUUCGAACAUCCACAGGCAUUCCCUUCCAGCUACGUUAUUGCCCAACCCUCGCGAAGAAGCCUACUCCCAAGCAAGCAGAUGCUACGCCUAAACAAAAGAUCGAUCCGUUCGACAAUCCCCCGUCCGCCUUGCACAUCGUCGAUAUCCCCACGUCGAUCCCAACGCAUCUGCUAGUGCUCAAUAAGUUUCCCAUCAUAGCAAGCCACUUCAUUCUCGCUACCAAGUCGAAUAAGAAUCAAACGCAUGUGCUGGAACAGGACGAUCUUGAGGCAACGUAUGCUUGCCUAAAAGCAUGGCAAGAGGGCCCAGGUGACAAGCAAAAGCGCUUGUUUGCCUUCUUCAACUCUGGGGAACAUAGCGGGGCCUCUCAGCCGCACAGGCACCUGCAAUUUCUGCCAUUGGAAAGCAUGCGCGACAACGAAGCUGCCAGCGGUUGGGACCUGCUGAUAGAUCUCAUCUUGUCAAACCGAAAGGCCCAGGCCAAAGAUACGCCACCUGGGAUGCUACAGCAUCCAGACGUGCCCUUCACACACUUUGCUCGGUUAUUCGAUUCCGAGCCGUCGGGAUCUCAGCUGCUCAGUAUCUAUAACGAGUUGUAUAGUUCUGCAAAGGAGUUUGUUGACAAGUUUAUUGCUGCUAACCCGGAGCAACUCGCCCUACAUCCCCUUAACGGAGGCGAUCUUCCCAUAAGCUACAAUCUAGCAAUGACCACAACUGGCAUGGUUCUCCUCCCUCGCCGGAAUGAAGGCACAAUGCUGCGACGCGAUGACGGGACUGAUAUAGGCUUCGUUGCGCUCAAUGGCACCACGCUGGGAGGGACUAUGAUGGUCAAACAUCAAGAGGAGUGGGAUUUGCUACGCAAGAAGCCUGAGAUGCUUGACAGCAUACUUGCUGCGAUUGGCAUCCCAAGAGAGGCUUCAUGGUCCAGGUCGCGCGUCUAG